CACAACACUGCGUGCAACAUACAGAAACUAAAACUUUGGAGUCAGGAGUGAAGGGAUGUUUGGAUUUUUUGGAGCGCUUCUUGAACGCCCCAUGCGUGCAGAUGUUGUUGUGCGGGUUUAGUAAAGUUAGAAAAACUCCUGGGAAUGUCGUGACAGAGAAGGAGCCGUUGUGAUGUUUUGUGGCAUAAACUCAGUGUGAAGUAUCUGAAUUACCUUCAGAUUUUCGGCAAGAUGGAGGCUUGUAUGAUGAACCCAGAAGUCAAAAAGAAGCCAAAACCGCCUAAACCUCCUCCAAAGCCCAAAGAGAUUAAAAGAAAUGAGCCAGAGAGACCAGAGAGACCAACUCCUUUGGUGCCCCCACGACCUGCAGACUCAGAACUGAGUCAGACGCAGUACCGGAUGAAAAGAGCAGCAGCACCAAACGAUGAGGCUAAUGGAAACUUGAGACAUGGAGAGACCAAAGAGAAGGCGCCUGAAACUCCUGUGGUUCCACCCAGACCCACAGAAAAGGAACUGAGCGCCACAGUCAGAUAUAGCCAACGCAGGAGGGUUCAGGCUGAGGACCUACAGAGCUCCAGAGAAAAUGACCAAUCAGAAGUUCCCAAAGACGAAGCAGACUUCAAACAGAGCAAUCAGACGGUCCUGACCGACAUCUUUCGGCGGAGCCAAAAAGAGAAAACACCUUCGUUCACUAGUUACAUGACUGAUGACUGUGACAAAGAAGAAAAAACUGAAGACGUCCCAGCCAAACAGGCUCCUGCCAGCAAGCCGGGUGUUCUGAAGGGAGUAAUGAAAGGUUUGCAGUUCAAGUCAUCACCGAAGGCCAGCAGAGAGCCGAGUCCAGAUCCCAGCACGGAGGAAAAGGAACAAUCCGCAGACAGAAACAAGCAGGAAAAGAACGCAGAACCAAAACAGGAUAUCGGAGGUCUGAUCGCUGGAAUGUUCCGUAAAACUCCCAAAGAGAAAUCACCGUCUCCCGCGCUGACCGUCAGCAAAGCAGACAGCGAUCCCGAAGAGGCAGACGAAGCAGAAGAGAAAAGUUCUGAACAAUCCCACGAAAAAGCAGGGUUAUUCUCUAGCAUCCGUAAAAAACCCAACAAAACAACAGAUGAGACACCUGCACAGGAGAAUCUGAGUGUGAAUAGCGAGCAGCAGCCCGCCAGCAGUGACAGCCUGUCUGAUAACAACAGCAACAAGGAAAAAGGAGGAGUUUUCAGUGGGAUGUUCAAGAAACCUCCAAAAACUCAAACUGAGGAGGACCAACAGUCUCUCCAUGAUAAUCUAUCAGGCAGUAGUGAUAAUCUGUCUGAAAACUCAAAGGAGAAAGGAGGAGGAUUUUUUGGCGGGAUUCUCCGAAAAUCCCCCAAGAUUCCAGGAGAAGGAGCACCUGGGCAGGAUAAACACUCAGUGCAAACAGAUCCAUCAGACAGUGAUGAGACUCUACCAGAGAAUAACACCACUAAAGAGAAGGGAGGUGUCUUCAGUGGUAUGUUCAAGAAAUCUCCCAAACUGUCCGAGGCCCCGCGACUGGAGGAGGGCGCAGACGUGUUACACAGUGAGCCCUGUGCCAGCACUGACUGUCUGCCAGAGAACAAGGAGAAAGGAGGUUUGUUCGGCGGACUCCUCAGAAAGACUCCCAAGACAGCUGGAGAGGAGAAUCUGUUGGCACAGAAGGAUCUUUCAGCCAGCAGUGACAGUUUGUCUGAGGCUGCCAGUGCAAAGGAGAAAGGAGGUGCUUUCAGUGCAAUAUUCAAGAAGUCGUCCAGACUUGCAGACAGUCCUCCCACAGAUGAAGAGAAACAGUCACAAAACGAUGAGGUCUCAGGCAGCAGUGAAGCUCUUUCUGAGAAUAACACUAAGGAAAAGGGAGGAAUAUUUGGUGGAAUAUUCAAGAAGGCUUCCAAGCCUGCAGUUGCUGCUCAACCCGAGGAGGACGAGUCUCCCGACAACGAGUUCUCAACCAGCAGCGAAAAUUUAUCUGAGAACAAACAGGAGAAAGGCGGAAAGCUGUUCAGCGGGCUCCUGAAAAAGACUUCCAAAUCAUCUUGGGAAAAGACAGAGUCACCGGACCGAGAGGCUCAGAAAGAGCUGUCGGCCAGCAAUGACGACCUCUCUGAGAAUAACACCGCUAAGGAGAAAAAUAUUUUUAGCAACAUGUUUAAGAAGCCACAGAAACCAGCAGAGGGCGCUGCAGCAGACAAGGAGCUGGAGGUGAACAGUGAAAAUCAGUUAUUUAGUAGCUGUGAGAAUCUGUGUGACACCACCGUGCCAAAGGAGAAAAAAGGAGGCCUGGCCCAAAUCUUCAAAAGAUCAGCCAGCAUCGAUGACCUGUUUGACGAGGAGAAAGGUGGGCUGUUCAGUGGACUUCGCAAGAAAACACCUAAAGCAUGUGGAGAUGAGGCAGCGGCAGAGGACAAAGACAACUGGCUGAUGUCAAGUGAUGACAAUCUGUUUGAAAACAGCAACAAGGAAAAAAGUAUUUUCAGUGGCAUUUUUAAAAAGACUCCUAAACCAGCAGAGGGCGCUACAACAGAUGAGGAAUUAAACCCACGUGAGGAAAACAGGUUAUCAGCCAGCUGUGAAAAUCUGUCAGAAACAAACGCAUCAAAGGAGAAGACUGGAGGACUGGCAGGGAUCUUCAGAAAGUCUCCCAAACCAGCUCCACGCUCCAUCGCUACUAAGGAUCCUCUCAGUGACACAAAGGAGCUGGCCAACAGCUGCGACAGCCUCGUAGACGCUGCAGAGGAUGAUCUUGGUGAAUUGUCAACCAGUAACGAUAAUCUUUUUGAAGCUGCAAGCACCACAAAGGAGAAGAAAGGAGGGUUUGGUGGAAUUUUCAAGAGGACACCCAAAACAGUUGAACAUCAGGAGAGUGAGGACAUGGAGGCACCAGAAGGAGGCGGGUUGAAACGCAGGAGAACCAUCAAGAAAAAGAGACGAGUUGUGUCGUUCCGAAUCAAGAAAACUCCAAUACCAAAGCUCAGUAUAUCGUCUCAGAGUUCAGACAAGAUGCCCAUUAUUGACGAGGUUCUCGAGAUGCAGGAGCUGAACGCAGACCAGGAGAGCUCAGUAGAGGUCCAGCCUGUGGAGAUGGCAGCUUAUCCUACUGAAGACAACCCUGCUGAGUCUGAGGAAGGUGAUGAGUUGAUAGAGUGGUGGAACACAGUCAAAGGUUGGGCAGAGUGGAACGAGACCUCCAAUUUCCAGGAGGAUGAGGGAGAAUCGGCCAUGGAGCAGGCAGCCGAUCGUGUCUACAUGGCAGCCCGUCUGUUUGUGCGUCUUUUCAACCAGCGGGGGGCGUCUUUGCAGCAACGCAUCCUAGAACUUUUGUCUCUGGCCGACGCUGCAGAUCAUUUCCACAAGAAAACGGUGUCAGCUGCUGUGGGUGGAGGGGUGGCCAGCGUUGCAGGCAGCGUGGCAACAAUCACAGGACUCAUCCUGGCACCUUUCACUUUCGGAGCCUCUAUUAUCGUAACGGCGGUGGGGAUCAGUGUGGCGACGGCGGGCAGCAUCACCUCAGCGACAGCCAACAUUACAGAUACAGUUCACUCCAACAUGGAUCGUAAGAAGCUGGAGAAGAUGAUCCAGGGCUACCAGGAGGAGAUCAAAAUCAUCAGAGAGUGUUUGGAGUUUGUACAGGCAGGUAUGGACACCCUGCAGGAGUGGGACUUUGACAAAUACUCCGAGAGUGCUGCCAAAAAGGCCCUGAACCACAACCUCAAGCAUGUGAUGAAGGAGGGCGGUCGUGCUGGGAAAGCCCUCAUGAUCAACACCGAUAAACUCAUCAGCACCGUGCAGAUUUUAGGCGCCGCAGGAGGAGCCGCCAAAGCUGCCCAGGCUAUCAGCGUCACCACAGGAGUCAUGUCAGCCCUCUUCCUGGCUCUGGACGUUUUCUUCCUCGCCAAAGACUCCCAUGAGCUCCGCAAAGGCGCCAAAACUAAGUUUGCCACCAAGAUCAGAGACGUAUGUAAAGAGCUUCAAGACGGCCUGCUGGAGCUGAACAAGGUGAAGACGCAGCUGCAGAAGACCAUGGAUGGCAUUGAGGUGGAGGAGUACGAAGAGCUUGAGGAGGUGGAGGUGGAAGUUGACGACGAUCUGGAGUCGGAUCCGAAGAAACUCGCUGAGCUGGAGCAGGAGCUGGACUUCCUGGAGGAGCAACUGGACAAGAAGGUUGCAGAGGAGCAGAAGACUAAAGAGAUGGAGAAGGAAAAUUUGAAAAAUAAUAAGGAGAAAAAGGAGGAGAAGAGCAUGAAGGAAAAAGGAGAGCCAGAGGACAAGAUGGAGAAAGAAAAGGGAGAAAAGGAUGCGCAGAAAGAGGGAAAGAAGGAAAGUAAGAAGGGAAAAGUUGAGGGAGAAAAAAAGCUUGAGUCUAAAUUAGAGAAGAUCUCUGAUGAGGAAAAGGAGCAGAAAAAUGAGCCUGUCAAAGCAGCCACGGGAGAAGUUUUGAAAGAACAAUCUCAGAGGGGAAGGAAGAAGGACAAAGAGGCUGAGAACCGAAUUACAGCUGGAAAAGAAAAGUAUGAGGGCAAGAGAGACACAGCAAAAGAAGACAGCGGCAUGAAAAAUAAGACAGACGAGAAGGAAAAAGAAAGAAAUAAGACUGGAAAAGAACCUCAGGAAAUGAAGAGCAGAGCAGCCGAUUCAAAACGAGACAACCACAGUGGAAAAACAUAUUCUGAGAGGGUCGGGAUAGAGAGAGGAAGUGAAAGGAGAGAGAAUGAAAGAGAGAUGAAUAAAGACAAAGAGGUGGGAAGUGAGAAUACAAGGAUGCAUAGCAGCAAGAGCGACAGGAGCGAAAGAGGGAGCAAACACAAAGCGACAGAAACGGAUAAGGAAAGAAGCAGCAGUAAGCAAAGCGACAGGAUGGAGAGCUGGAGGAGGACGGAAGACGAGAGAGGAGCGAGGGACCGGAGAGCUGAGCCGGCAAAAAGUAAAGAGGAGAAGAGAGAAAGCAAGGAAGGAAGAGAAUCCAAGAGGGAGGCGGAGAGAGGGGCGGCAAGGGAAGAUCACGGGAAAGACAACUCGAGGAAAGAGUCGCACCGAAGCCACGAAACACCGGUAAGGAGGGAGCAUUCGGAGAGAGAGUGGAGGAGGAGCAGAGACGACUCCGACUCGCAGAGGAGCCACCACAGGAGAGGAACAGCUCCUCAUGACGACCAGAGGGAGAGAAGAGAGGAGGGACGGGGGAGCAGGAUCGAGACCACGAGGAGGCAGUUUGAGAGAGCGAGCGGUGACAAGGAGGAGGACAGGGGGAAGAGGAAGGAGGACGGAGAGCAUGGACGCCACCACCGAGGGUCUCGGGGACGAUCCAGCGUGCUGCUGGAAGACGGACUUUAUAUUUAGUUUGAAAGGCGUUAAUACAAAGUAUCACAUUAAAGAUCAGAUUCGCCCCUCCACAGAACUGUUAACAAUACAUUCAAAUGCACACUGAUAUUAUGUUUGACGACAGAAAGGGAACUAAGACGUGUCUAAAUGUCACGUAAAUGUUCCGCUUCGUCCAAGUUCUCCCUGCCUGCAUAUGCUUUGAUAUAUGCUUUGGACUGAUUACUUCCUGAAAUGACUCCACUGUGAUCGCUGAAAGCUGAGAUGGGGUCAAGUGCACAUACUGUAUGUCAGCUCUUUGUUGUGCUAAAUCUCCUCUUUGUGUUUUCUCAGACAGUUGUUUUCCUUGCAGUAGAGGGAAACUUUGGCUUUCCAUUCAACAACGCUUUGCCUUGAAAAAGAAUGUGAUGUCGCGUUUCUGGGUAGUAACAUUUAAUAUUGAGUGUUAAGCUGAAGAACUAAACUACACUUGAACAGACCUUUAGCAGGUAUCUUGACUUGUAAAAUGCAGGUAUAAGUAAUAUAUAUAGUUAAUUAUUAAUGUGCUGAACUGCAAUAAUGGCUGCAAUUGUUGUUAUGAGUAUCACUUUUUUUUCCUGCGGGGACAAAAUGCAGUGAAAAAGGUCAGUGAAUCUGAUUUCAUCGAUUUAAGAAAGUUUUACUCAGAAACAGCAUGUUGACUAGAAGAUUGACAGACUUUUGAUGGCAAAAAGCUGGUGAUCCUCAUAAAGGAAACACAUCAAAUCAGCACUGUGUCCUCUCUGCAUCGAAGCCUCGCGUUAGCUUCAGCUGAACUUCCUUCCCUCCGACUCUUCCCCUUCACAGCCAGGAUGAGCAGGAGUGUUUUAAAGUGUGAGAAAUACAUGAUUAUGGUCUCCGUCUGAUUUUAGUUGUGAUAUUGUACAUCUUUUGUUUGUUGCAAAUUGGAUUUAUUGACUCCUGCAACAGUGUCUCCUUACAUAUGACCACUAGGUGUCCUGUACUCACAGUCUGACUUUUAACCGCCUGCCUUCCUCAUUUUUACCACUGAAGGCUGAAGCUCUUAAGAAAUCCUGCUAAACCUGACCUGAGUACUAAUGAUGUUUACAGAGUUACGGCAUGUUAGAGAGUACAGAGGCUGCUAAUAUUUUUAAUGCCUCAUAAUGAUUUUAUGGUGUGAUAAACACAUUUAAAUUUAUAUUUAAAGCAUUUUUUCUGCGUGGUGUCUGUUGUGUGUACUUUUAUCAUGUGGCCAACCUGUGAGUGUAUUGUGAUGUCUGGUGUUUUUAUUUCACUAUGAAGACCAGUAAUGUUUCAUCAUGCAGUCAUUUUGUCUCAGUCAGAAACUCCAAAUGUACCCCAAAGGCAGAAUAAUAAUAAUAAUAAUAAUAAUGAGCAUUUCUGUAUCUAAAUCAUUAGAUUUUUGUACAGUUUGUUACAGUUUCCACUCAGUGCACUUUAACCAGACGCCCUUCAUGUGUGAGCUCUCACGUUUUGUCAUUACUGACCGUUUCUUAGUAUGUUGUUCUCUGUUGUCUGAUGUUUUAUGUGUUCACUGUAUGUCAUUUUAUAUGGGUUAAUGUUUUUUUCUAUGGUGCUGGUUACUUCAUGAAAAAAAUAAAUUGAGUUUUGACUUUG